CCAAAAAAUUAACCCCCGCCUAUUCAUCCCAAAAAUUCCCCGCCUCUUCGAAUUAGGGCAUUCGUCUUCAUCCACAACUUCCUCAAUUCCUCGAUCCAUCACCUCCACCAAAAACCUAAUUCACGGUUCCAACUAGUUCUUACGCUCUUAAUUCGACCAUAAUGAGCUAAGGAUUUAGGGUUCUUACCUCCUAGUUAUCAAUUUGAGCCGAUGAUUUAGGGUUCCUAAAUCCGACCCUAAUUUUUUCUCACUCUCGUAUUUCCAUCUCAUUCCUCUCCUUCUUCUCCUUCUACAAUCCUAUAGCAAUGAACCCUAAUAGAAUUGUGAGGUUGUCAAUCCUUUUGAAGCAGUCGUCUUCCUCUACCUCUGCACUCUCUAUGCCUUCCCUUUAGAAGCCCUAACCGCCACCACCAGCAUCGACUCUCUAAUUUCCCUUAUUGUCUCUCUAUUCUGUUAUCCCAUAUCUCCACUUCCUAACACACCUUCGUCUCCACCCUACAUCCACUUCCACCAUCUCCAACCCUCACAGAUUCAACUCUCACUCUCAAUCUCUCUUAAAUCUUAAUCUUUCUAGGUUUUUGAGAAAAGCUUUUUCUAUAAUCGGAGUUAAGGUGUAUGCCAUAGAGCUAUACAUAGAUCAUAAAAUUAUGGAUAAAUUAGAAACAUGGAAAGGAUGAACAACGUCUCAGAUCCAAGACGAUUCUUCUGUAUUCGACUUAAUUUGUCAAGGUAAAUAUCAAUUUUCUUAUGUGAACUUUUGCAAAAAUUGAUGCAGAUCAUUGAAAAAAGGAACGGCCAUUGAAGAAAGGAACCUUCAUCUUCUUAACCUGGCUCGAUUCCUCCAAAAUUCUGUUCCUAUAAUGCUGAUUUUGAUGGAGAUGAAAUGAAUGUUCAUUUACCACAAGAUGAAAUCUCACGUUCUGAAGCUUAUAACAUUGUGAAUGCAAACAAUCAGUAUAUAGUUCCAGCAAGGGGAUAUACUGUUAGAGGCUUAAUCGAAGAUCAUAUUGUCAGUUCUGUUCUUCUCACAAUGCAAGAUACAUUUUUAAACAGUGAACAGUUCAAUCAACUUCUUUAUGCUUCUGGUGUUUUUAAUGGAGGUAAUUCAAGACAUGGUAAAAAUUCAUCUAUCGAUAAAGGCUGCUUUGUGAAGCUUGUUCUUCCAGCUGUCUGGAAGCCAAAGCCUCUUUGGACAGGAAAACAGGUGAUAACAACGUUGUUAAAUCAUCUGACUAGAGGUUAUAUGCCUUGUAUUGUUCAUAACAAGAGUCACGCAGGACUCUUUAAACUUUGCAUAGUGGUUCUAGUUGAAGUUAAUGGGAGACUCAUCAUUGAGAAUCUGAUGAAGUAUGGAUUAUUGAUAAAUUCCAAAUUUUGGUUCAGUUCAAGAUCAUUGAGAGAUUGGCUACUUCUUAUGUGCUGCCUCACUCUUCCAAUCUUCCCGCUUACUGCCUAUAUUGUUGAAAAAUUGGCAUGGCAAAAACGUAUUUCAGACCCUGUUAUAAUCACUUUCCAUAUUCUAAUAACUACAACUGCAAUUCUAUAUCCAAUUUUCAUGAUUCUGAGGUUUGACUCAGUUGUUUUAUCAGGCGUAUCACUGAUGCUUUGGCCAAAUAUUAAUGCCAUGAACAACUGAUCGAUUCCAAGGUACGUGUUAACACUAGCAUAGCAGGCAGUCCCCAUGAGAUUUUUAUUUUCCCUGAAAAAAAUUCAAAUUGAGUUCAUAGUCAAAGAUAAAUGGGCAGGUAAGCCGGGUAGGGUUUGGGUCAAAGUGGGUCGAACAAUUUUUAGUAAUUCAUAAAAUACAAAUUAAGACUUUGGCUUUGCCAAAAGCCAUUUUCCUACAUUUCUUUAUUUGUCCCAUUUUGGGAGUUGAAUAUGCCAAUUAUGCUAUUUCAAAAAUAACAAUAUAUAUUAUCAAAAGGAACCUGAUGUCAUUUUUCAACCCUUAAUGCAUUUCAGUUUUUUAAGUAUUUUAAUUCUAGUUGUGUGUGAAAACUAUAUUCACGUAACAUAGCUAGAAGCAAAAUUCCUUACAUAUUUAUAUAUUCAAUAUAAUAAUAUACAUUGAAAGGUCCUUGUUAACAAUAUAAUAUUACAUAAAUGGUCGAUGUCUAAUAAAAUUCAGAAAAGUGGUCCAGGUUUAACUUAAAUUAAAUAUUAAACGUGAUUGAAAAUUUACCAUUUUAACCUUGUAAAAUGAAACCCACAUUUUAUGUUCCAGAUAACAAAGUAAAAUCCUACCCCAAAGUUCAUAAUAAUCAUUUUUAAACCCACGCGAUAAGAUACAAAUUUAAGUACAAUUACCAAUCUAUUGAAACAGUUUCAAUAGAAAUUCUAUGAAGUCUCUAGAGCUAUUCUGUUUCAAGGAUGAAGAUGCCCAGACACUCCUUGGACAAAUAAAAUCCAUGGAUCCUAGAAUGCACCCUGGUUCGAAAUUAGUUUCUGUUGGUCUUAGCAUGGUAAGUAAUUUGAAUUACGAAUCUUUUAUUAGUCGUAAUUUAACUGGUUCGAAAUUAGUUCCUUGGACAAAUAAAAUUCACUGAUUUUCAACUUGGCUUCGAAAUCCUUUUUGGGGUUUUCAUACAAGAAUCCCUUAACCACGUUGUGAUAUGAUUUCAGUGUGCUAGAUGUAAUUAAGAAGCUAAAGGAAUAUGUAGAAGAUUUGAAUAAAAAUAUAGAGAAGAUUGCUACAAGGGGAUGUGUGUCAAAAUAUGUCUUACCAGAUGAGAACUUUAGAGGGAAGUAUGUCUUUCAAUUUCCAAAUUUGCCCUUAUCUAUUUUUUGAAAUUAUUAUUCAUGCUUUAUGAGGGUGCUGCAAAUAUAAAAGUGGCAGGAACAGAUAUGAACAGCAAGAGCAGCCGGUCACUUAGUGUUUUCACCUGCAUUAUGGAAAGUCAUUGGGAAAAGGAUUCCGUGACUCACCUUCGGUUUGGAAGGUUAAAUUUGGUAGACCUGGCUGGUUCUCAAAGGUAAUUUGGUAGCUUAAACCAUUGAGCUAAUUAUGAUGCGAUCCUUUGUUUAUUUGUUUUCAGAGGUCAAGUAUUGCUAUCAACCAAUUAAAAUUUCGUUCACCAAUGGCGUAAUUAAGAUUACAAACACCAAUUUCUUUCAAACAACAGAAGAUCUAGAGUUUAAUUGGGUGAUUAAAGGUAAUGGAUGUAAAUUUGAUUCUGGAACACUCAGUCUACCAACAUUAGAGUUUAAUUGGGUGAUUGAAGGUGAUUUUGGUUCUUGAAACGAGACUCAAGAUAUCAUAUUUUGGCAUGGCUAGAAGCUUUGGAGGAAAUGACACUCAAGCAAGAGUAAACACACAGAGAGUUGUUGGCACAUAGUAUGCUAGAUGAUGCAAUUGUAUAUAAAUGAGUUCAUUUUUUUAUAACAUGAUUUACUCACUUUUGGAAUAAUUAUUUGUAUUUGACAUAUUAGUGAAAUGAAUUAUCUUUGUUAUUUAUGGUA